GUAACGACACCAUAAACCAGGGCCACACAUCGCUAUGUAACCAGUUUAAGAUGGAGGAGACAAACUGGUUUACCUGCACUGUACUGAACUGGAGGAGGGGCCUGUUCACACAGGAAGAAUAACACAGGUGGAGAAGUCGUCCUGAAGCUGAUUGUGUGAUAAGAAGCUUCUCUGGAGGUGAAGUGAAGUGUUGUCAGAGCUGCUGAUGUCCUGAAGGACUUAAAGUCUCUCUUAGUCUGACAGGAAGAUGAAGAUGUUGCUGGUGAUGGUCCUCCUCCUGCAUGUUUCCCAGCAUGCCCUGCCUGGCGUGGUGGAGGUGAAUGAGGGGGCGGAGUCGGUCCUUCUUCCCUGUGAGUUGCAUGGUAUUCCAACUAAAGAAAACUUAAGAGUCGUGUGGACUUGCAGCGAUCUCAGUCCCAGAUUUGUCCACCAGAGAGGAGAAGAAGGUGAUCUGGAAGAACAGAACCAGCGUUACAGAGGACGGACAUCAAUGAAACCUGAUGCUUUAGACUCUUUAGACUUCAGUCUCACUCUGAGAAAACCACAUCUGUCUGACAGCAGCAACUACACCUGCUCCAUCACUGACGGAGUAAAUGUACGGAGAGUAACGGAUGUUGAGCUGAAGGUGAAAGACCUUCAGGAGGAGGUGAAGGUGACUGAGGGGGCGGAGUCUGUCAUCCUGCCCUGCAGAACAACACCUGACCUGCCCAAAGACGUCACUGUGGAGUGGACUCGCUCUGAUCCAGAUUUAAUGAUGGUUCAUGUCUAUCCAAGCACAAGUAAGGAGUUUAUGAAGCAGAGCAAGUUUUACAGAGACCGUACAGAGAUGUACGAAGACCUGCUGAGAUCUGGAGACGUCAGUCUGACCCUGAAACACCCCACAGACAGAGACACGGGAAGCUACAUCUGCACGGUCUACAGAGACAAAGACAUCCUGAGACAGAAAGUAGUUCUGAUACACGUCAAAGAACCAUUUCCAUCCUGGGCCACAGCUGUUCUGGUUCUCCUGGUUCUGGUUCUUAUUGUCUCUGCUGGUGUUUUAUAUCAUUUUAGGUUCUGUUUCAUGUCAGUCUACCAGGUGAAGGUGGAGUCAGGGGCGGAGUCUGUCCUGCUGCCCUGCAGAACCACAGUUCACCUGCCUGGAGACGCCAAAGUGGAGUGGAAGGAUAAUAAAUACAGGAGGGUCCAUGUGUAUGAGAACAGUUCUGACCAGCCUGAAAAACAGAACCAGUUCUACAGAACCAGAACAGUGAUGGAGAGAAACCCUCUACAAUCUAGAAACCUCAGUCUGACUCUGAAACACCCUACAGAUGUAGAGAGUACAACCUUCACCUGCAGAGUCUACAGCAAGGAGGGAAACAUCCUGAUGGAGAAACAAGUUCGUCUCACAGUCAGAGUCUACCAGGUGGAGGUGGAGUCAGAAGCGGAGUCUGUCCUGCUGCCCUGCAGAACCACAGUUCACCUGCCUGGAGACGCUAAAGUGGAGUGGAGGGAUAAUACCUACAGGAAGGUCCAUGUGUAUGAGAACAGUUCUGACCAGCCUGAAGAACAGCACCUGUUGUACAGAACAAGAACAGUGAUGGAGAGAAACCCUCUACAAUCUAGAAACCUCAGUCUGACUCUGAAACACCCCACAGAUUAUGACAGUAGGACCUUCACCUGCAGCGUCUACAGCAGGGAGGGAAACAUCCUGAUGGAGAAAGAAGUUCGUCUCACAGUCAGAGACUGUCAGGUGGAGGUGGAGGAGGGGGCGGAGUCUGUCCUGCUGCCCUUCAGAACUACACCUGACCUGCCUGGAGACGCUGAAGUGGAGUGGAGGCGCUUGGAAACUAAACCAGAAAUGAAGGUCCACGUGUACCAGAACGGUUCUGAUCAACCUGAAGACCAGGACCAGGUCUACAGAAGCAGAACUAAGAUGAAUCAAGAUCCUCUGAAAACUGGAGACUUCAGUCUGACUCUGGAACAUCCCAAACAUGGAGACAGUGGACGGUACAUAUGUAGACUCUGGAGGGGAGGAGAUCUCAUGAGACGUAAAACAGUUCAACUCAAAGUCAAAGGGAGAGUUCAGGUCCAGGAUCAGAGGACAUCAGGAACAGAAGCAGAUCCGACUCCUCUGAUGGCUGAUCAAUCAGUCUGAUCUUUGAUUAUUGAUCCAAUCUGACUUUGGAUCAGAGAGAAAAUAUCAGUGAAGGAUCUGAUGGACGAUGGAUGAAGAGAGGACUUGUUCCAGCCUGCAGACGUAGUAUUGAUCAGUAGUGAUCAGUGAUGUCAGAGUGGAGUCAGUGUGAUG